GAGCCUUCUCCUCUUCCCAUCUGCAUUGUUGGUGCUGGGUGUGCGGGCCUUUACGCAGCAAUGAUUCUUGAUACGCUUAAAAUCCCUUACGAGAUCCUCGAGGCCAACGAUCGUAUCGGCGGUCGUAUAUACACCCAUCGCUUCAACGGCGACGCAGGACGCGACGCUCCCGUCAACGAUCCCGCCCGCUACGACUACAUCGACAUGGGCGCGAUGCGAUACCCCAACAACUUUUUCAUGAAGCGCGUCUUUAAGUUAUUCGAACGCCUCGAUAUGGACGAUAUCCUCAUCGAGUACAAGUACUCAGCGCCUAACACCUUCCGGCUCUACAACGGUGUCCGCCAUAACUCUGCAGACCAAUCGGACUUGGACAUCUUCAAUGUUUCCGAGGCCAAAGGAGGGGCAGUCCCCGACGAGUACGUGGUCAAGGGUGUAGACGACGUCUCUUCGGACAUCUUCAAGCCCUUCGCUGAGGCGUUUCAGACACUUCCGUUCAACGAGGCAUGGAAGAAGCUGGCGGCGUACGAUCCGUACUCCACGCGCGGAUAUCUGUUGUCAAAGGGCUAUCCCGAUACCGUCGUUGAGUGGCUCGAGACGUUCACGACAGCUACGGGGCUCUACGACGAUGCUUUUGUGGAGAGUACUAUGGAUGCUAUGGACUUUGCUAACGCUAAAGCCGCUUACUCGUGGUAUUGCAUUGAUGGCGGCUCGGACAAUCUCACGACUCGGAUGGCCCAACGGCUCACUAGCCAGCCUCUCAUUGGCAGGCGCGUGACGAAGAUCGCCAGCGUGCCCGGCGGCGGUGCAAUGGAUGUCACUUUUGGCAAGCAUUUCAUUUUUAUCAGCACGAAAAGAUACGCCCAGGUCAUCAGCACCGUUCCUCUUGGGUGUCUCGCCGCGAUCGACAUACCCCAGAAUGACCUGUCGUACAUGAAACGGAUGGCGAUUCGGUGCUUGAAUUACGACACCUCGACCAAGGUCGCCCUCAAGUUCCAGUCACGUUGGUGGGAAGACCCCAAGAUCAUGGGCGACCGCACGAUCAAGGGUGGCGUGUCAUCCACCGAUUCCCCCAUCCGUACCUGCGUCUACCCGUCGUACGGCUUCCAUGCCACUGGCAAGGUGUCUGGCGUCAUCCUCGCGAGCUACACGUGGGCGCAGGAUGCGCAGCGGAUGGGCGGACUUGCGCAGGCGAAGGGUUCCGACGCAGAUAAGCUCCUCAUCGAGCUUACGCUGAAGAACCUCUCAGAGCUACACAACGUACCCGUUGAGAAGUUUGGUCCGCUCCUUGAUCACUACGUCCACAACUGGCACAACGACGAGCACGCACGCGGCGCGUUUGCACUCUUUGGGCCCGGCCAGUUUGGCCAGCCCUCAAGCGGGAACAGUCUGUUCGCGAGCAUGAAGGCCCCUGGCGCCAACGGGAAGCUUCACAUUGCGGGCGAGGCGACGUCGGUGCACCACGCUUGGGUACUCGGCGCUCUCAACUCUGCGUGGCGCGCCGUGUAUAACGCUCUCGGGUUGCUCCCAGACGCGCAGACGAAGAGGACGCUUUUAGAGGAGACGUGGGGAAUCCCUGAUGAGGAGGACUGCAAGGCGUUGCUCAAAUUGGCGGUUCUUGGAAAUCACAAGGUGCUGUGAUUCGUUAAAAAAGGGUGUUUCUUGCGUUUCUUGUCUUUCUUUUCCCCUGAUGUCUGCGAUGUACUACUAUCUCGAUGCACGUUCCCGAUUUCUACGAUGUACUACUACUAGCCAGGAUACAGCUUAUCUAUAUCAACAUUGUACUACCAUGAUGUACCACCACAAUGCACACCGACGGUAGCAUCACUUUGCUGUCGUGCGGAGUUUUCUCGUUGACUCUUCAUUAUUUAGCUAUAAUAGCGAUUGAUUGUAGCCCGGAUGUAGGACUAGUAAAUGACACAGAU